UAACAAAGCCUUUGAGUUAGUGGAGAAAGGUAUGAUUUUCAUCUUCCUCACAAAGGCCACCAUUGCAGCCACCUUGAACCCUCUCCACCAUUUUCAGAUUUCGACCUCCUUCCCUUAGAAUUUUGUUCUUCCACCUUGAAAACCAAAUCUUCCUCUCCUCCAUAUCUAGAACACCUUUUCUCAGUUUCUCUGUUUGAUGUUGUUUGCCUUGGAUUCUAGAGGGGCAAUUCUCAAGUGAGGCAGUUUGGGAAAUCCUUAAACCCUCUCCACCUUUUUCAGAAUUCGACCUCCUUCCUUUGGGAAUUUGGUUUUCCUCCUUGAAGAUCAAAUAUUCCUCUCUUUUUUUUUAUCUAGAACACCUUUUCAUAGUUUUUCAAAUUGAGUUCAUUUUCCUUGGAUUCUAGAGGAACAAUCUUCUAGUGAGCCUAAAAAAAAGGCAAGCCCACCACCGGGCCCACCACCUGGCCCACCACGCGGACAAAUGGAGCCCUACAUGGGUAACCAUAUGGCCCAAAUUGAGCCUAUGUCACGCAUCACGCGUCUCCACAAAUGGUUGAAUUUCAAUGAUGACAAUUAUAUGUAUGGUCAUGGUGACCCUCAAAUGUAUUAUGGAAUGGACCAUCACUCCCAUCAUGACUUCCCUCUAAAUGGACCAGCUCCGCCCUCACUGCCACCACCAGCUCCCCCAAGCAGGUACAUGCUGCAAGGACCGCCGACGCCGCCACCGCCUAGGUACCUGUCUCCAGGGCCGCCAACAGCACCACCACCUAUGCACAUGCCACUAAGUUGUGGUCCUCCACGAGCACCAUCGCCGCUUGACUAUUAUUACUCACCAGAACCGCCUUAUGGAGCUCCACCUAUGCACAUGCCACCAAGUUAUGGUCCUCCACGAGCACCACCGCCGCCUGACUAUUAUUACUCACCAGAACCGCCUUAUGGACCUCCACCUCCACAUUACUAUCAGGGUGGCAUGUUCAAGGUUGCACAGUGAUGUGAGCUGCUAGAUAAUGUGUUCGCUCUUGACUUCGGUUGAAAGGAAAAGAAACAGAGUUUUUAACUGUUCAUUUUUCCUGAAAAUGUUUCCGUGAAAGUUAUAUAAUUAUAUUUUGAUUCUUUAUUAUA